UGUCAUUGCCAAAAAGUUUCUCAUUUACUUCGCCGUUUUUAAUAUUAAAUUUGUGCUUUAUUGUCACAAAAUGCGUAGAGAAUUUAUUUUAGUAUUACUAGGGAUUAUUUGUAUCUCGACUCUGUCUUCUUUGUUGUCAGGAUAUGUGCAAAUAGAGAUAGAUAAAGUGCUUUUAGACACAGUGGUCGGUGUUGUGGGUGCGGGCAAUUUUUCGUAUUGGCAACUAGGACACACCGGACCCUUGCUAGUGGAGCUGAUAUCUUUAUCUGGAGACGCGGACUUGUAUGUAGCGGAUAACAUAAGGCCAAGCUAUGAGAUUGAUAAGAACAACUUUAGUUCAGUGACAUGUGGACCUGACAUUGUCAACAUACCAGCAGAGUUCCCGCGACCAGUCGGUAUCGGAGUUUUUGGCCACUGGUCACAUUCAGUAACGGAAUACAGCAUCCAGGUGUUCCUGGACACAUCAGCGGUGCUCAGUGAGGAGCAGGUCCUGGCUAUAGAGAGAGCACAUCAAAGCAAUGGACAUGAACAAACAGAAAUGAACGGCAAAAGAAAAGAGAAAGUGUCAUCAACAAAGACGGAGAAUGAAUAUAAGCCGAGAUUCCUUUGGUUGUUGAAUAUUUUGGAUAUUAUAUUCGAUAUGUUUAUUCUCUGAGCUCUGGCAGUGUACAGAUGAUGAUAUUUAUUACCCUUUCCACAGAAUGUCAUUUAAGGCAUAUAGAUCGAAAAAUUGCCCUAGCAAUUUACAUACAUGCUAAAAAGCUCUUAUGACAGUUUUGUUGUAUGUUAUCCGAUCUUAGUGGAAAGGGAAUUUAUGUCUUUAUCUGUAUACAUUGGAUAUUGUUUAACGCUUUCUUUAAGCGCUAGAAGAUUCUAGAAGAUACUAGAAGAGAGUUUGAGUUGUGUAUGAUGGAAUGACAAAGCCUUUCCGUUUUGUUCAUUUAUCAUUUGAUGACAAAUAGAAGACAUGUGUUAAGACAUUGUGAUUAAUGUAAGUGUAGUUUUUAUCACUAAUCUUUAUAAAUGGUCUGGCUAUAAGUGGUAGGAUUUUGUGCUUAUUUGAUUUUCGAUAUUUUAGCGUUGAUAGCGAUUUGUAGUGGUGAGUAUUGGAACUAAUAAUCUAGAUAGAAUUAACUGUCAUGUAAUGUUUAGGUGUGUUUUAGGAACGAAAGAGUUGGCAUUUCCAACCAAUCGCCUAUUUAUUUAUAGAGAUGAGUUGAGUUUUUAUUGUUUGUAAAUCUAGUAUUUGUCGGAUCUCCUGUUCGAAGUGAUCUUUGUUGAAAUUUCAAUUAAAUGUUUUAUUUAUAAAUUAUUAAUGUUAUGAUAAAUUAAAUUUAUUAAGAUUAAUUAAAAGUAAGCUUAUAAAAAUAAUGUUAAACAAAUUUAAGAAAAUCUAAAAUUUGUAUUCGGAUCUGAAGAUAAUGAAUUUGUUUGAUCUGUUCAAAUUUUUAUUUCGAUUUAUUCAUAGACAAAAUCAAUCUAUAAACUGUAAAAAACAAUCAUCUAACCAAUAAUAGUAUUACAAAUAAUAAUUCCGGUUCCUUGGAGAUCCUGAAACUCUAUUAAUUUGUAUUUCAGUUUAGUAACCGAGGAGGUUUUAGUCCCACAUAACCCUACCUUUGUUUUGAAGGUAGGGUAUGUUUGCAAGAUCUCCCCCGAUACAAAUAAAAUACAUAUAUUAUAGUAUGUAGUUAUGUUUGUAUAUGUUUAGUUAUUAUUAAUAUGAAACAGAAACUUCCUAAAUAAUUCUAGUCUCCGAAAUAUAUUGUUUCUUCCGAUAACAGACUGAUGUUAGUUGUUUUUUUUUACUAGCGUAAUAUAGUGUUGUAUAUUAGGUAUAGAUUAACAACAUUAAAAAUGAUUAUUAGAGUUUUCAUUAACUUUAUAACAA